AUGAGUUUCUAUCAACCAUCCUUAUCUCUUUAUGACGUUUUGAACGCCUUAUCCAAUCAAACUGGCCAGAGAGAGCAACAAGGGUUUUCUCGCCAAUCACCAAGACCACCGAGGUAUCAUCCUCAUUAUGGACAGGUGCAUGUGGGUGGUCAUCAUCCACCCCAUCAUCACCCCUUGUAUAACAGAUACAAUGGCGGCCCUAAUACCUACUACUACCGAUUUCCUGGACAAGCCUAUUACUAUAGUCCUGAAUACGGUUACGAGCAAGAGGAUGGUGAAGAAGAGGAUCAAGAUGAAGAUAUGGUGGGUGACACGGGUGCUGCAAGACAAGAAGAUGAGGAAGGGGCCAGCACUUCGAGAAGGUAUCCAUCGUAUUAUCAUGGAAAUGCUACUAGGAACAGUAAGAACAACCAGCAGGCAAAUAGUUUGAACGACUUGCUGAGUGCAUUAAUAGGCGUUCCACCUUACGAAGGUAGCGAACCAGAAAUUGAAUCAACUACCGAACAAGGGGCUGGAAAAGGAAAAGAAAACGAGAAGCCGGAGAGAUCUGAGGAAGGAACCGCGGAAAGCGACAAAAGCCAACUUUUAAGUCAACCAGAGGCGUCUUCGAGACCACCAUUAGGCAAAAAAUCCUCCUCAUUUGCUCAUUUACAAGCGCCUUCCCCAAUUCCUGAUCCGCUACAGGUUUCCAAGCCUGAAACGAGAAUGGAUCUGCCAUUUUCACCAGAAGUGAACGUCUACGAUACUGAAGACACUUACGUGGUUGUUCUUGCGCUACCCGGGGCUAAUUCUAAGGCCUUCCAUAUUGAUUACCACCCGUCUUCCCAUGAGAUGCUUAUCAAGGGCAAAAUCGAAGAUAGAGUCGGUAUCGAUGAGAAGUUUCUAAAAAUUACAGAACUGAAGUAUGGUGCAUUCGAGAGAACCGUUAAAUUUCCUGUACUGCCACGUAUUAAAGAUGAAGAAAUUAAGGCCACCUAUAACAAUGGUCUGCUACAGAUCAGGGUACCUAAAAUUGUUGAUGAUACGGAGAAACCAAAACCAAAAAAGAGAAUUACGAUUGAAGAAAUACCAGACGAAGAGUUGGAGUUUGAAGAAAAUCCUAACCCUACAGCAAAAUAA